ACUGUGUAUUUGCUGACAAUUGCACUUUGGUAUUUAUAUAAACAAGCAGAAUUACAUGUAACAGUUAAGCCAGAUCAACAGCUAAGCCAGAUCAAGUUUACACAGAGACUACUACUACACCUCGUACAAGUGCAAGUUUUGCAAUGGCAGACCUCCCAGAGUGCCGAGGAGUGCUCGUGUCCCUACUGCUAGUCAACAUGCUCCACACUAUCAUACAAGAGAGCAUCAUGCUAAGCAGUCAAAGUGUUGGUGCAGCAUACGCCAUGUUCGCAUUGAUGAUUGUACUGUUCCUGGCUCUAUCGAUUGUCAUAACAAUCUUUCAUCUGAAGCUAACUAAAGAAUGGUAUACGUACCGUAUAUUCUCACUAAUACUGCAACAUAUUGGGGCCAUCUUAUAUUUUGUUGGUGACAAUAUCACGCAGUUGGUUGUUUUCUAUGGAGGAGAUCUGGAAGCUGCUCAAAUUGUGGGCACUGUAUUCAUUGGAAUAGCUCUAGUGAUUUUCCUAUUGGGGCCUCAAAUAAGCCAUGUACUAAGGGAGAAAAUUGAUUCGGCUAUAGCCUCUAGGAAGAACAAAGAAUUGGAUGAAAAGCACUGGUGUACUGCUAUCGAUGCACUCACUGUGAUCCUUAAAAUUGACAUACUAUACUCGGCAAUUAUCGCAAUGAUUGAGAGCUCAGAAGACUUAUGCUCUGGUACAAGUGUCACACUAAGCACUGUCUUUCUCGUUCUAUGCAUGAUUCUAGGCUUGUUGUAUAUGGGAGUUAUAUGCUACGUUUUAGCAGCUGACAAAAAUCCAGCAAUUAAAUACCGACUCUUUGUACUCAUCGGAUUAAUAGCAAUUGUAGGUGUCUGCUUUUGUUUGCAUAUUCUUAUGGAUAACGAGCUACCUCUUGAUUGUGGCUUUGGCUGUGGCGGUUUUAAAAGAGUUGGAAAUACUACCGUCCCUACAAUGACUUGUGAUGGAACAAACGUUGGACCUUGCUGUGACCAGCACUUUAACAGCAGUGUGAGGCUAGCCUUCACGCUAGUCAAUUUUCUCAUUCUAACGGUUAUUUCACUACUAUUCGGUUCUGCAUAUUUAACGACGAGGUUUGAGAAUCUUCCGGAUUGCUCCUGUGUAUUGGAAGUGUCGAAGGAAAGCCAAGAAGUUCAUGCCGCCUCUGCACAGAGUCAGAGUUAUGGCCUACAUCAUGCUCUUUCUAAAUUCAGCAGACUGAUUGUGGACUCUUGAUGCAAUGACACCAUAUAACAGUAAAUACAUGUAGUUACC